UAUCUUGUACUAUAUGUUAUACCGUAUACUAUAUAUCAUAGCUAUGCAGAUGCAUUGGCCAAGAGUAUAUUGUUCUUUGAGGGCCAGAGGUCAGGAAAGUUACCGGCUUCACAGCGGAUGACAUGGAGGAAAGACUCCGCCUUACAGGACGGCCACUACAUGAAAGUGGACCUGGUGGGAGGUUACUACGAUGCUGGGGACAACGUGAAAUUUAAUUUCCCCAUGGCAUUCUCGACGACAAUGUUGGCAUGGAGCGUGGUGGCGUUCGGUCAAUCCAUGGGCUCACAACUUCAACAUGCUCAGGAGGCAAUUCGCUGGGCAACGGACUACUUCCUCAAAUCGACAAGCACCCCGGACGUGGUCUAUGCUCAAGUGGGGAACCCUUACGGGGACCAUGAUUGCUGGGAGAGGCCUGAGGACAUGGACACACYUCGAACUGUUUAUUUUGUUACUAAAGACCACCCUGGUUCGGAGGUAGCAGCAGAGACAGCUGCUGCACUUGCAGCUUCUUCCAUGGUCUUUGCAUCCUCUGAUCCUUCCUAUUCAAAAUCUCUUCUUCAGAGGGCCAAAGAGGUUUUCCGUUUUGCAGAUACGUACCGGGGAUCGUAUAAUGAUAGCAUAGGUGGAGGGGCGUGCCCAUUUUAUUGCGAUUUCAGUGGUUACAUGGAUGAAUUGGUCUGGGCAGCUGCAUGGCUAUACAAGGCUUCUGGGAAUCAGGAAUACUGGGACUACUUAGCGAACAACAUAGAUAAAUUGGAAUCCAUCUACUAUGCCCCUACUGAAUUUGGCUGGGACAGCAAGCAUGCUGGCAUCAAUGUUCUCAUGGCUGAUGUAUCGCCGUCGAGGUCUAAUCCAUCUGGUAUCCCAAUGUUACAUGCGAAUGCUGACAAAUUUAUUUGCUCGGUACUUCCCGAAUCGCCAACGAAAAACGUCCGGUACUCGCCAGGUGGGCUUCUAUACAAAGCAGAAGCAACCAACAUGCAAUGCGUAACCGCCAUAUCAUUCCUCCUCCUUGUCUACGCUCAGCACUUGAGUGCCAGCAACAAUGUCGUUCACUGUGGAGAACAAGUUGUGGCCGAUCCAAACAGGCUCAUAGCAUUCGCCAAAAGCCAGGUGGAUUACAUACUGGGCCACAAUCCUCUGAACAUGUCUUACAUGGUUGGAUACGGGAAUAAAUUUCCACAGAGGAUUCAUCAUCGAGGUUCUUCGCUUCCGUCGGUUGACAAGCACCCAAAGCACAUGGGCUGCAAGGAUGGGACUCCCUACAUAUUAACCAGUAACCCAAAUCCUAAUGUGUUGGUAGGAGCUGUCGUUGGAGGCCCAGCAGUAGAUGAUACAUACGCUGAUUCUAGGACGCUAUUCAGGCAAUCAGAGCCCACCACAUAUAUUAAUGCACCUCUUGUGGGUCUGUUAGCCUACUUUAAUUCUCAUUCAAUGACUUCUAGAUAUUACCAUCCAAACUUUCUUAUGGACGCCAACAAAAUGACUGAAUAA